AUGUCCCUUGAAUUUGACCGAAGCUGGAUGUGGCAUCCGGAUUUCACGGAGGACCGCACCGACACGGCAGGCCUAUUUGUGCAUUUUAGAAAAGACUUGACCAUCUCGAUAGCGAUCCCAGCUUCUCUUGUUAUUCGAAUAACAGCCGACACACGAUACAAGCUGUACGUGAACAGCCAGCGUGUCGCCUUCGGCCCGGUGAAGGGAGACCAGAGCCUUUGGUUUUACGACGAUAUCGACAUCGUCCCUUUUAUUCAUCCUGGCCGCAACCGAAUCGCAGUCCAUGUCCUCCGUCUUUUUCAUGCCACAACGUUUGCGCCCUCCUUUGUAAGAACGCCCUUCGGCGGGGUUCGGAUCACGGUCCCUGGGGAAGAUGGAUACUGGAAAAGUCAGCUUGAAAGCAAUACUAUGUGGGAGACGGCGAUCGAUCCUUCAACCACGCUGCGGAUUGAUGAGCCUGAAGACCAUUUCCUCCAUAUUUAUGAAAAGACUUCACGGCCAAGGAGUGAGACAUCCUCCUUGGACUGGAAGCCAGCUAUGCUCCGAGAAUUCAAAAACUCCACCGGAAAUAUACUACCGUGGAGCCUUUCGCCACGCCUUUUACCUUUCCAUAAGAUCACAAAGACACAGUGCUCAACCGUUCACAAUGUCGAAAGUUGUCUAGCACCUUUGCAGUGGGAGAUGGCUCUGACUGAUAGAGGCAACGCUGAAACUGGUCUGUUGCUUCCCGCCGGAACCAAGCAUAAAGUGGACGUGGAGAUGUCAACACAUAUAACGGCCUUCCUCAGGAUCCACUUCAAACGUCCGAAGAUGAAUGACGGUGUCCUUCGUGUUGUAUAUUCGGAAUGCUAUGAAGAUAAGCCCGAAUCAACACCAUGGGUGAGGAAAAAGGAAGGCCGACGUGAUUCAAGCAAGGCGCUCUACGGCCCGCAGGAUAUAUACCAAUUCCAAGGAGCCGAUGCUACCGAGGAGGUCUUUAUGCCAUUUCACUUCCGAACCUUCCGGUUCCUCAACAUCCAAAUUGAUACCGGCUCAGAGGACCUGGUGCUCCUAGGUCUUGACAUCGAAACAGUCAACUACCCUCUGGAGACUUUGGCUAGCUUCAAAGUAGAGCCCUGGACCUUCUCUGAAGUCCAUCUAUGGCAACAACUGUGGAGCACGAGCCUUCGAACUUUGUCCAAUUGCAUGCAUGACUGUUAUGAGGAUUGUCCGUUCUAUGAGCAGCUUCAGUAUGCGAUGGAUGCCCGCAGCUCUUCUCUCUUCACUUACAGUAUAUCUGGCGACGAUCGUCUUGCAAGACAGGCUAUCAUGCAGCUACACAAUACCUUCCAGCCUCAGAUUGGCUUGACGGCAAGCCGGGCGCCUACUCAUCGUCUGCAAUUUAUCCCCCAUUUCUCACUGUACUGGAUAUGUAUGAUUGGUGAUCACCUCACCUAUUUCGGGGACAUCCAAUUUGUUUCACGGUUUCUACCGGUGAUUGAUGCCGUUUUAUCCUACUUCCAUUCUCGAAUCGAUGUACAUGGAUUGGUCACAGCGGAAGUGCGACCAGGAAUCUGGAAUUUUGUUGACUGGACUAGCCAGUGGAAACCACAUGGAGUUCCACCGGCCAUCGAGCGAACAGGCAUAUCAACAUUCACAAACCAACUAUACGCAUACACGUUGUUCAUUGCGGCACAGGUGCUAGCUGCGACGGGAAGGACAUCCAUCGCCGAGGAGUAUCGACGUCGGGGCCAGGAAGUUAACGAGGCCGUGAAAGUACAUUGCUAUGACGGCGAGUUCUUUGCUGACACGUUGGCGACAGAGGCCAAGCCGGUCGACUACAGUCUGCACUGCCAGGUAUGGGCAGUUUUGAGUGGAGCAGUCACCGGGCCAGAGGCACAAGAUACCUUGCGAAAAGGCUUGCAGAAGAAGAAGACUGGCCAAUUCGUCGAGGAGUCUGUCUCCAUGUCCUUCUAUACGCUGAGAGCCAUGAGCUUAGCCGGCGCGGAAUUGUACGACGAGAAUUUCCAUCAAUUCUGGAGUCCAUGGCAAGACCAGUUGUCUCAAAAUGUUACUACAUGGGUUGAAGACAACGUCUCAAAAAGAUCUGAUUGCCAUGCGUGGGGUAGCGUACCGCUGUAUGAGUUCACGGCUGAAGUCGCUGGUAUUCGCCCUGGGGAAUCGGGAUGGGCAGUGGUCCAGUUUCGACCACGACUAGGGCUUUUUAGAGAAUUGGAGGCCACUGUUCCACUGAAGAUGACAGGAGGGACCAGCACUGGCGUCGUCCAUGUUUCCUGGUCCGUCGUGGAUGGCGAAACUAAAAUUCACUUACAGGCCGACUUGACCGGGCUCGAUUCCAUCCCGGUCGAUAUCGUGCUUCCCGGUCAAAAGACCCGAAUUCUUCUGGGCACAAAUGGAUUUCAAUGGGUCAUACCGCUAGAAAGCGUCAAGAGGUAUGGAGCAUAG